CACACACAGCCUCAGUAAGAGACAGAGCAGAUCUUGACAUUGUGAGGAAGAGGCAUGUUUUCAUCCGAGGAGCACCCAGGACAGCACAAUAGCUCCUAAAGCUGCUGAGACAGAUACUUGCCAAGGACUACAAACACACACAGAGAGAGAGAGAGAGAGAGAGAGAGAGAGAGAGAGAGAGAGCAAAGCAAGCAGAGGGAAGGACAGAAGCAUUUCAGAGGACAGAACAGGGUGGAAGAGGCAACAUUUGUAGGUUUAUUGUGGACCUAAACAUCCUUAAAAAGCUGCAUUUUGGGGUUUCUCUUCCUCUCUGCACACGGACAUCCACUCUGUCUCUUGCUGUCUGCAGACAGCUCCCACUGCUGCUGCUGUGAGGUUAUAGUCUCUUGCUUCUGUGCACAGCACCAGAAAAGACUGCUUUGUAGUCCAAGACCAUGAGUGAGGCGAAGAAAGGUGAGCUAGCCAUCAGGGAUAAAGCCAUCCUGCACCAGCAGAGGCGCCUGAAGCAGGCCACCCAGUUCACACACAAGGACUCAGCUGACCUCCUGCCCCUGGAUGGGCUGAAGAGACUGGGCACAUCCAAAGACUUGCAACCUCACAGCAUCGUCCAGCGGCGCCUGCUGGAGGGAAACAUCACGCGGCUCCGAGGGGAGGCCCGAGAUCCGAGCUCCAGGGUUCGCUCCCCGCUGGCCGACACCAAGGAUGGACCUGCUGACGCCGAGGAGAGAAGCGAGAGCACAGCCGAUGACUCCACAGAGGAGAGGGAGUCUCUGGAGGAAAGCGAGAGAAGCCUACGGUCAGAUGAAGAGGACGACAGCAGCGAAGCUGGAGCCAGACCGACAGCUGAGAAGACUGAGGGCACGGAGAGCUCCACCCUCCUCACAGCUCUGGUUGUUCAAUGCAAGUGCUGCGAGACUGAAGUCAAGGCAUCCAUCAGCACCGGCAGCCAACAUAACCACAUCUCCACCUCCUGCUGUCAGAGGCUGGGGCUCGUGCCCAGUCAGGACAGUUCACCAUGUGGUGCGAGCAGCUCAGUGACAGGUUUGCAGCUGCAGCUGGGCAGACAGACAGUCCAGUGUUCAGCCUAUGUCAAAGAGGAUGAGGCGUUUGAGCUGUGCCUGGGUCUUCAGACUCUGUUGGAACUUAAAUGCUGCCUGGACCUGAGCAGUCGGGUCCUAAAGCUGCAGGGCUGCGGCGAGGAGCUGCCUUUCCUGAACCCUUUGACAGACAGCAAGUGCCAACACGACACCAACGAGAACCUGUGAGCCCGACUCAGCGACCACUUUCCUCAAAUCUCGACUGGUUGCAGCAAAGUGGCGCGAUGCUGUUUGUGUCUGGACCGUUCGAUCACACACUGCCAGAACAUGGAUGAGCAUUCGCCACCGUCGUUCUUGAGUUUACAUCAUUGUGUUUGUAGAAUUAUGACAUUCACCAUGAUUAUCUCUUAUAUUAAAUUAGUCUAGUUUACAGAGCGGAUGAAAGCCACUUAAAAGCCAAUCCAAUCUCUGAGUCUAAUAAUUCUUUAUGAUUAUAAUGUAUAUUCAAACCAAUUGCUCUGUUGAGCAGCUUGGAUACACUGAUGCUCUCUAAAAGGGAAAAACUAUUAUACUCAUUCAAAGUGAACUUUAGUGGAAUAUUUUGUGAUUUGGCUGUGAAUUACUUUAAACCUUAGUGUUUCAGUUUAGACAGUGUUAAAGGAAUAGUUCUAUAUUGUGGGACACAUAUGAGAAGAUACCACCUCAAGCUGGUUAGCUUAACUUAGCAUAAAGACUGGAAACAGAGGAAAACAGCUAAC